AUGGAGAUGAAGCUGAUGGGUUGGUCUCUGAUAGUUUUUGGGUUGGUGGUUAUGGUUUUGAACAAUGCAUUUCCGGCAAAUGGGAUCACAUGCCAAGAGGCCCUGAUGACUUUGAUGCCCUGUGAGCCAUACUUGGUGGGUUCUGGCCCAGGCAGUCCUGCCGUUCCUUGUUGUGCUGGUGUCCAAACCCUUGCUUCUGAGGCUACCUCCACUGAAAUCCGCAGGAGCCUCUGUGAAUGCUUGAAAACAGCUGCAGCUGGCAUGAAGAUUGACCCAGCCAGACUAAGGGCCAUCCCCGAAUACUGCAAGGUCUCCGUUCCUGUACCUCUUGACCCCAGCGUCGACUGCAGCAAAGUUCCUCUGUUCUGAAGGGUGUGCAUGAUGAUGGUAUGAAAUAAAACUUGGGAGAAGGAUUAGCUGCAAGACAGAUGUUUUGUGAUGUGCAGAAAAUUAAUUA